AUGCGUGAGAACAUUAUGUCAAGAUCGAAGCUUGGUCCUUCACCAAAAGCAACAUCUUUCUUUAUAGAAAAUCUGUUGGGUACUUCGGAGGAAAAGCGCGAGCAGAGUUUGGAUCGAGGACACAAUGAUGUGCAGAACAGGGCAGAGUACAGAGUGGAGAGGGAUACAAGAAGUCUGGAUGGACCGGGGCUGCACCAGAUCUCACCCAGAGAACGCUGCCGUAAAACAAAUUCGUUGUACCAGGACAGCGAGGAAGGCGACAGAGAAAGUCCGAGCACAGGACAAGCGGAGGACAGCGAUGGUCCCGAAGAGAAAGGAGACCGCGAUGACAGAGAGGACGGAGAGGAAGAGGAGAGAGGUGAUGUAAAGUUGUCGAGGAAGAAGAAGACACGAACAGUGUUCAGCCGCAGCCAGGUGUUCCAGCUGGAGUCCACAUUUGACCUGAAGCGGUACCUGAGCAGUGCGGAGCGGGCCGGCCUUGCUGCCACUCUGCAGCUCACAGAGACACAGGUCAAGAUCUGGUUCCAAAACCGAAGGAACAAGUGGAAGAGACAGAUGGCCGCUGACAUGGAGGCCAGUGCAGCAGUGCCUUUCAGCACCCAGAGAAUUGUCAGAGUCCCUGUGCUCUACCAUGACAACAGCCCCCCACUGUCUGCACCAAGACUGGCCUUCCCCAGCUCUCUGCACUACCCGCUUAGCCCCUUCACCUCCCCAGUGUCCUACAUAUCACCACAGCCUGCUCUAGUCUGA